UUAAAUUUACGUUGUUCAUUGUUUGACGAAACAUGAUUGGAAGGAUGCCAGUCGCCGGAGAAACGUUGUCGAUAUCUGAUGUAAUUGUGCAACUCCAAGACUAUAGUCCCACCAUCCCCGAUUCUAUUACAACAUUUAUAUGCUCAGAAGCUGGAUUUGAGACAAAUGACCCUCGAAUAGUUCGGUUGAUAGCCAUUGCUUCUCAGAAAUUUAUUUCUGAUAUAGCCAACGAUGCAUUGCAACAUUGUAAAGUGCGUUUGGCUACCUUGCCAACUAAAUCUGGAAAACUUCCUAAAAACCGUAAAUUCACAUUAACUAUGGAAGAUUUAUCACCAGCACUCAGCGAUUAUGGAAUUAUUGUUCGAAAGCCUCCAUAUUUUGUCUAAUUUUUCUAUUUACUUGUACUCAAUUAUAAUAUUUUACUCAUUACUAUUUUAAAUCAUUAAUUAAAAAUGCGUGUUCCAAUUUC